UUAUGAGUAUGCCGGUCUCCACCAACGCAAUGGGAUCUGCCUCUCUCUCGAGCUCGAUCUCGAACCUUCCUUUCCUCGUCUAUUGUAAUCGUGCUCACGGAGGUGAUCCUCCGCCGGGAGAUGGAAUUCCACGGUGCCGCUGCUGGCUUUGAGCGCAUCUUCUUGCUCGCCUUCUGCGUUUCCGGCAUCUGGUCCGCCUACAUCUACCAGGGUGUCCUACAAGAAACUGUAUCGACCAAGCUGUUUGGGCCGGACGGGAAGCGGUUCGAGCACCUCUCCUUUUUAAACUUAGCGCAGAACGUGGUUUGCCUCGUGUGGUCGUUUAUCAUGAUCAAAUUGUUGUCGAAAAGUUCGUCUGGAGGAGCUCCAUUACGGAGCUACUGGAGCCCGAGCAUCACUAAUACCAUCGGUCCAGCUAUGGGAAUUGAAGCCUUGAAGUAUAUUAGUUAUCCCGCGCAAGUGUUGGCAAAGUCUACAAAGAUGAUUCCUGUUAUGCUGGUGGGAGCCCUUGUUUAUGGGAUCAAAUAUACUAUUCCAGAAUACAUUUGCACUUUCCUUGUUGCUGGAGGGGUAUCUUCAUUUGCACUUUUGAAGACUAGCUCAAAAACCAUAAAGAAGCUUGCUCACCCAAAUGCCCCACUUGGCUAUGGGCUUUGCUUCCUGAAUUUAGCAUUUGACGGUUUCACAAAUGCCACUCAGGAUUCUAUAAAAGCAAGGUUCCCAAAGACAUCUGCUUGGGAGAUCAUGCUUGGAAUGAACUUCUGGGGAACCAUUUACAAUGUUAUUUACAUGUUUGGCUGGCCUAAUGGAAGUGGUUACGAGGCAGUGAGGUUCUGCCAGGAGCACCCGGAGGCAGCUUGGGACAUCCUUAUGUUUUGUCUCUGUGGCGCAGUGGGACAAAACUUCAUCUUCUUGACCAUAAGUCAAUUUGGCUCCCUUGCCAACACAACCAUCACCACCACCCGAAAGUUUGUUAGCAUUGUUGUAUCGUCAUUGAUAAGUGGCAACCCCUUGUCACCCAAGCAGUGGACGAGUGUGGCAAUGGUCUUCUCAGGACUUUCUAUCCAGAUAUUCCUCAAGUGGAAGAAGCUCCAGAGAAGAAAGGAGGACAAGAAGGCUGCGUGAAGACAUUUUUCAUUCCUUUUCCAGGAAUCCUGGUGCCUUUUAUUGUCUUUCUUAUUGGCACUAAAGAUGGGGAGAGCUUUAUGGAAUUACUAAAGAUGGGGAGAGCUUUAUGGAAUUUAGAUAGAUUCAGACUGGGUGAGCAAUCCAAUGUACUAAUUAUAUUUAUAUUUGUCGGGCAGUCUCGGAUAACAAAAUGUAUCUUAUAAAUUUCAUA